GGGUGUCGGCUGUUCCUGUUGUGCCGAUGUCUGAAGAGCCGGUGGGUGUGCCGGUUUGAACUUUUUGUCCCGGAAGCUGUGCGUCACCAUAAUGAGGCUUGUAAUUCUUGAUAACUAUGACUUGGCUAGUGAAUGGGCAGCCAAAUACAUCUGUAAUCGCAUCAUUCAGUUCAAACCUGGACAGGAUAGAUAUUUUACCCUGGGUUUACCAACAGGGAGUACACCUUUAGGAUGUUAUAAAAAACUAAUAGAAUAUCACAAGAAUGGAGAUCUUUCUUUUAAAUAUGUGAAGACCUUUAACAUGGAUGAGUAUGUAGGCCUUCCGAGAAACCACCCCGAGAGCUACCAUUCUUACAUGUGGAAUAACUUUUUUAAGCACAUCGACAUUGACCCCAACAAUGCACACAUCCUCGAUGGGAAUGCGACAGAUUUACAGGCAGAAUGUGAUGCGUUUGAAAAGAAGAUAAAAGAAGCUGGGGGAAUAGACCUUUUUGUUGGAGGAAUUGGUCCAGACGGUCACAUCGCUUUCAACGAGCCUGGAUCCAGUUUAGUGUCGAGGACAAGAUUGAAGACUCUAGCAAUGGACACCAUUUUGGCAAAUGCUAAAUAUUUUGAUGGAGAUUUAUCAAAAGUGCCAACCAUGGCUCUGACUGUUGGUGUGGGGACAGUGAUGGACGCUAGAGAGGUGAUGAUCCUCAUCACAGGGGCGCACAAGGCCUUCGCCCUGUACAAAGCCAUAGAAGAGGGGGUCAAUCACAUGUGGACGGUCUCCGCGUUCCAGCAGCAUCCCCGGACUAUCUUUGUAUGUGAUGAAGACGCUACUUUAGAAUUAAGAGUUAAAACUGUGAAAUACUUCAAAGGUUUAAUGCAUGUGCACAAUAAACUUGUGGAUCCACUGUACAGUAUGAAAGAAGGAAAUUGAAGGAGAUUGGAGCAAAAGUCUUCUUGAAUGAGCAGAGUACUUUUUUAAUAAGAAGCAGAUGAAUUUUCAGCUAUGCAAUGAUAAAACAUAGGGAAUUUUGAAGAUUGUCAUUUUUAAAGUCCACUAUCUGUUGAACAUUCCAUAUUUAGAAUGUAUCUGUUUUAGAAUAGGGUUUAGAAGUAGUUGGUUCUAAAAAUUGGCUAUUUUAUUAUAAAAUAAAAAAGCC